AUGGAUCUGUCUAUCCAGAAUAUGUAUGUUGAUAGCGAUUUUAGCACUAUGGAAGAAGCGGAUGAAUUUGCCAAGCUGAGUCCAGACGAGCAACAGAGAAGAUUGAAAGCUAUUAUAAAGAAAAUCGACUUGGAUUCAGACGGCUUUCUCACAGAGGCCGAGCUAAGUGUGUGGAUCCAGCAGUCUUUCAAGCACUAUAUCGUCGAAGACGCUAAGCAGCAGUUUGGUGAAUACGAUAAAGAUGGCGACGGAUAUAUAUCCUGGGAAGAAUACAAUAUGCAGAUGUAUGACCGCGUGAUAGACUUUGACGAAGAUUCUACUCUGGAGGACGCGGAAGAAGAAUCUUUCCGGCAG